AUGAAGUUACACACUCUGCUUCUUGCGGCCGCGGCCGGUUCCGCGUUGGCGGCUCCCCAACACAAAAAGAGGGCGUCUGUCUUUGAAUGGUUCGGAUCCAAUGAGUCUGGGGCUGAAUUCGGGACUAAUAUCCCCGGAGUCUGGGGAACCGACUACAUCUUCCCCGACCCCUCGACCAUUGCCACCUUGAUCGACGAUGGAAUGACCAUCUUCCGGAUCCAAUUCAUGAUGGAGAGAUUGGUUCCAGACUCCAUGACCGGGUCCUAUGACGAGGAAUAUCUGACCAACUUGACGACAGUGGUAAAUGCCGUCACGGAUGCGGGCGUCCAUGCCAUUGUCGAUCCUCACAACUAUGGAAGAUACAACGGUGAGAUCAUCACCAGCACGUCGGAUUUCCAGACCUUCUGGGAGAACCUUGCGGGCCAGUACAAAGACAACGACCUGGUUAUCUUCGAUACCAACAAUGAGUACAAUACCAUGGAGCAAGACCUUGUGCUGGAGCUCAACCAAGCAGCCAUCGAUGGCAUCCGCGCCGCGGGUGCCACAUCCCAGUACAUCUUCGUCGAAGGCAACUCCUGGACCGGUGCCUGGACCUGGGUCGACGUCAACGAUAACAUGAAGAACCUGACCGAUCCGGAAGACAAGAUCGUCUACGAAAUGCACCAGUAUCUCGACUCCGACGGGUCCGGCACCUCGGAGACCUGCGUGUCCGAGACGAUCGGGGUGGAGCGGGUCACCGAUGCCACGCAGUGGCUCAAGGACAACAACAAGAUCGGUAUUCUGGGAGAGUAUGCCGGAGGUUCCAAUGAUGUGUGUCGGACAGCAGUGUCCGGGAUGUUGGAGUACAUGGCGAACAACACGGACGUGUGGAAGGGUGCAGUGUGGUGGGCGGCCGGACCCUGGUGGGGAGAUUACAUCUUCAGCAUGGAACCCCCGGAUGGAACAGCAUACACAGGCAUGUUGGAUAUUCUGGAACCGUAUCUGUGAGCGGGUCGGAGGAAGCUGUGCGUCGGAGAACUAUACGGAGUUUCUUAGUGUGGUGGUACACUGACUGACGUCACCAGAAUUGCUUUUUCAGAGUCUUCAACAGGGAUUCUGUUGAGUGAUGCCUGUACGGUAGAUAGGCGUGAGACAUGCAUAUU